GCCAAUCGGGACACACGACUCAAAUUCGGAGCGGUGGAAUACGUUAAUACUAGAAAGAACCGGUAAACCGAGGCUGGAGAACACGCGAGAAGGACACGAUGGCUGAUUGCGCAUGGCGGUAACGAAUCCUAAAAAGACAUUUCAAAGUCGCACACGGGAUCUCUAAUACGGAACGAGAUCUCCCGGCCAUGCCGAUACAGCUUAGCAGUUGUAUAAAGGCCAAAGGAGGGGGGAGUGAGAAUAGAUACACCACUCUCCUUGACUGUGGAUCUCCUACCUAUUGCAAUAUCCAGAAGCCAACACAGAGGCACGUAUUGGUUCAAUUUCAAGGAACAGCAAGGGACAACGUACAAACUGGUUUGGAUGGCUUCAGCCUGGCUUGGUUCGGAAAAUGCCGAACGCCGAUCAGAAUUUCUUUCUCUUGCACCUCGUCCACUCCCUCCCCCAUCCGACAUCUCUCGCUGGGAUCUUGCUGAUAUACUCAAUCCACCUUCGGGCGCGUCUCGUUUUCCCUUGAAUCGACGCAGAAACUUAAAGUUAUCCAUGGAUUUCGUUUCCCCCAACCAUCAUCAGCCUAUAUUUUCGCCUCAGGAGCUGGACUCAUCUUUCUCGCCGAAUAACAUUGAACCAGAACAUAGUAGUUAUGAACUCUUUGGUAACUCUUCGUCGAACGGUGCGUUCGGCUCUCAUUACCGCCGAAACGCGUCUUCCAAUUCUUCAAUUGGUCAAGGCUACGGAAUGAAUGGGGAUGGAGCUUAUUCUCAGCAGACUUUCAAUGAUUCUGUGCCUUUCACUGGAUCCAACGGUAACAGUUACGAUAUGAUCAACAGCCUACCCUCGUCUUACAGUAGUGGAAAGAUCUCUCCACUGACCCCAAAUGAUCCUGUACAUCCUCCUGGAUUUCCUCCCUCUGCGGGCUUGAAGGAAUAUGGUUCUCAAGGCUUCCAUGAUUUUAAUGGCGCUGAGCGUCGUAUUCCCGGCAUUUUACCCAGCAGCUACCAAUCAGACCUUCCUGACGAUUAUGUGAUGGGGGGCGUCAGCAAUAGCCUUUCGUUCUCAUCCUCUGCGAUGCAGCACUUUCAGGAGAGACUUCGUCCCUAUCAAUCCGGUCAUUCGUCUGCUUCUGGCGUCCCGCCACACAUCACCUCCAGCCGUAGCCCAGACAUUCUGCGCACGGUGCCUCCUCAGGUGACGCACAGCUUUAGGCCCGAUAAUGGUGUAUCAUUCGAGGACGUUCCUUCAUAUAUGGGAGGAAGUGCGGCCUCGAAUGAUAUGGCGCUCCGUAUGUCUAGCGUGGAUGAACAAUUGGCCAGAGUUGGUCUUCGGAACCAUCCUAUGAUGGGAGUGUCUAACGAUCUGCAGACCUUCAUUCGCCCAUACCUUGAUCAAUAUGUACGAACGCCCAAUCGACUGGCAUUUGGAGAACGAACCGUAAUCGUCAUGUCAAGCAAAGUCGCUCAAAAAUCUUAUGGAACGGAGAAAAGAUUUUUAUGCCCGCCACCGACGGCGAUAAUGAUUGGAAAUUCCUGGUGGACUGAUGUCGUCCGUCGCGGAGACGAGUCAAAGCUGUCGCCUCCGCGAGUUGUAAUAUCGAUCUCAGGCGAGCCGUCGCCUCAGGAAGGUACUGUCGAGUGGACGGGUUCUUCCGGGAAGUCUUUCGAUGUGAACGACCCACCGACUGGAACAACAUACAUUGGACGCUGUGUUGGCAAACAGCUCUUCAUUUCCGAUGUCGACGAGAAGAAAAAGAAGGUCGAAGCGCUGGUUAAGAUAACAUCUCCAGCGACCGAAGAGGAGCCCGAACGGGUGAUCGGUACUUUCCCCAGUCGCCCUAUCAAAGUCAUCAGUAAACCCAGCAAAAAGCGACAAAGCGCUAAGAAUCUCGAGCUUUGUAUUAAUCACGGAUCGACGAUAUCUCUGUUCCAUCGGUUGCGAUCACAAACCGUUUCCACAAAGUAUUUGUGUGUGUCCGGCUCAGGAUCUUCGUUCAAGGGUUCAGACGGUGCACCUCUCAUGGGCCUAGACCAGAGAACCAGAGCCAGCUCGCCUUCUUUCAUAGCCCGAACAGCUAGCUGGGAUCCUUUUGUUAUGUACAUUGUGGACGUGAAUAAGCCUGCCGGUGGGAUUGACGCGCCGCCGCCGCCUCCUCCUCAGCCAGACUAUCCAUCGCCUCCUCCAAAUGCUAUCCCGUUUACUAAUAACGGAUCACAAAUACCGAUAUAUUACAACCAGACAGUUGUCCUGCAGUGCCUAACGUCUGGUGUAGUGAGCCCCGUCUUGAUAAUCCGGAAGGUGGAUCAUCAAACCACUGUCGUCGGGGGCGGUCUCCAGGACGGCGCGAAAGGCGUUGCUGAUCACUAUUGUGCUCCAGGAGAAGUUUGCGGUGACCCUGUCUCUCAAUUGCAUAAAAUUGCGUUUGAGGUAUAUGACAACAGCAAAGGAGCUCCAGCACCUGGUUCACCAGGUGUAUCUGGCGCAUUCCUAUCCUGUAUGGGCGAGAAGGUGAACACCUACCGACCCAUUGAUGGCCGACAAUGGAAUGCGGGCAACGGUGCAAGCUCGCCAACGAUGCCCGGCUCCCCAUUGAAUUCUACUGGGGGUGAUUAUUUCAGCCCAGUAGAUAGUGCACCUGGCUCUCCAUCCUCAGCGUCUGACCUUGUCUCGAAUGACGGCGGGCGUGUGAAGAAGAAGCGAUCAACAUCAAGCGCAGGCGCAACUUCUCGGAACGUUGGCGGAAAGAACCGUCGGCGACCAAGUUCCGCCGGUUCUAUGACGUCCUCUACGCGUCGCGGGUCGUCAAGCGAUGCCGGAGGAGGGUCCGGGGCGUUGUGGCAGGUCGAUAUCGGCGAAACCAGCGUCUGGACCAUUGUAGGCACGGACCAGGUCCGUUACAACUUUUAUGUACCGCCCGUUUUGUUCGACAAUCAGCAUGCGCCGCAGACGGGUUCGUUCCCCGUUCCGUCCAAGCCAGUCACUCCAUUCCCGGGUGUGGUAAAAUAUCUUCCUCCUGAUCGUGCAUCAGAAGCUCCCAAAACGAAUUGCCCGUCUUCUCGUGCUGUGCUGUCAAAGCCGAACCCCCACCAGUCGAAGAUGUUGACGCUGUAUGGCGAAAACUUUUCCAAGGCAGAUCCGGUGGGCGUAUACUUUGGUGCGGAUCCAUCACCAUAUGUCGAGGUCCGGUGCACAGAAGUUCUUGGAUGUCUUCCUCCGGACGGUUCAUCCUCUGGCGGUAAGCGCCGCCCAAUUAUUCUCAUCCGGGCGGAUGGUGUCGUGUUCCCCUCCUCCACAAUGUAUCCGUGAUACUUUUAUUUAUCCCAUCUCUUCGCGUCCCUGCUCUUUGAUAUCAUGGUACUAUCUUGCUUUGUGUUAAGUUGCUGUUUUUCUCUUCAUUUUUGCUGGAUCUGUUUCUGUAUGUAUUCUUGUGGACUUUGGGUAAUCUAAAUGACACUGGCUUAGCCGUACGUGUUGCAUGUAUGCACAAUAUAGACAUUAGAACUGUAUCACAGUAGUCUUGCAUAUGGCACGUGUUUGUCAACAGCCUCCGGU